AAAUUAUCGAAAUCGUUAUUGUUAUUGUCAAACUGUCUGGCUCUUCCCCUCAAAAUCUGUUAAUAACUUUAAAUAUUAUUUAAACAAGUGUCAUUACUGUUAAUGUGUUCUAUCACUAAGUUAAUUUAAUUUUUCUCAAUCAUGUUUAUGCAUGGAUAACUGCUACUAAAGUCUAUAAGUUAGGCUUAAGCAUUAGUUCAUUUUACAAUGUUUAUAAAUGAACUUCCAGAUGAAUGUUUGCUCAUCAUUUUUGGUUCAAUAAAUGAAUUGGAUGAUUUAGUACACUGCUAUUUAGUAUGCAGCAAAUGGAGCCAUUUAAUUGCGGAGCGAACUAGAAAAGUUAAAUAUUUGGUUGAAUAUCGGUGGAAUGGUGACAACGCUCCAAAUUAUACGUUGGAUUAUGUUUAUUAUCUAGCAGAGGAACCGCUUGAUACAACAUGUUUGAGCACAUUAUUUCCAAAUUUAAUUAUUGCCGAUUUUUCUGGAUUCCUUUCAAAGGUGAAACAUGAAGCUAUCGUUACAUUGGUCAAAAGGAUGAAAUCUUUAAAAGGAUUGAUUAAUCAUUGCUGCUAUUAUGAAGGAGAUGAAUCAAUCUUCCAAUAUUGUGAUGGACUCGAAAUGGUAUCCAACGAUCACAUUGAGCCAUGCAUAAAAGAGAAUGGUGUCAACAUUAAACAAUUGCACCUUGUCCGUUAUAAUUUAGAUAGAUUCAGGGAAGAUGCACAUUAUUUUCCAAAUCUUCAAAAGUUAUACAUUUAUAAUAACGAAGGCUCGCCAGAUCGCUAUUAUGAUGGUCCCAUAUUAGAAGAACUUAAAAUAGUUGAAUUGUCCUUAUCUUCUUAUGAUGGUACAGACAUUUAUUAUGGUUUCCAGUUCAUGGAUUCAUGUCCGAAUUUACAAAGUGCUCAUAUUAAAUUGGACUCUAAUAGCAUUUUUGUUAAUGAAUCAUUAAAACACAAAUCUUUGCAAGAUUUAGUUUUAUCAUUUUAUGAUCAAGAUUAUACUGAUAUUUUCGAAUGGGAUGAAUUGAAAAGAUUGUUCAUGAAAUAUCCAAAUCUUAAACAUCUUGUACUGUGCGACAACAGGAGACUGGAGGAUGAGCAUAUCGAGCAAUUGGUUCGCAUUUUACCCAAUUUAGUGUUAUUUGCUGUUCGUGAAUGUCCAAGAGUCACUCAGGAAGCUGCAAAUUUUGUUCAAGACUAUAAUAAACUAUAUGGACGAUCAAUCAAGUUUUACUUUAAAGAGAAUUACCAUGAAAUUCAAUCAGAUUGGCCUCAGUUAUCAACUAAAUGUGAAAAAAUUAGUCAAGGUUUUGAUUUCAUGAAACAUUGUUUUCUUAAAGAUUUUGGUAAACUUUCUACUUUCUUAAUCUCUAGUGAUGACUAAACGGUAAGGUUUUACUUAUAUAAUGACUGACUGCUGGGGAGACUAUUUGGAAUUGAUAUGCGUAAAAAUCUGUUAUCAUCGAGAAAUUAAUUUUCAUGGGACAUUGAAUGGAACAAAUUAGUCAAACCAAUAUUUAAUUGAUAAAAUUAUGCGAUGUGUUUCAUGUUAUAAAUUUAUAUUUUACUUGUUUCCAUGUUUCAUUUCCUGGAGCCAAGAAUAAUCGUCCAUUUACACAUGAAGAUAAAAUAUCAAUAAAAGUUAACCUCGAGUCCGUGAAUAGGGAGAAUUAUGUCGAUAAUGGUGUCUCGAACACCGCUGUACCCAAAAGAACGCCUUGGCGUCCAACUCUCUCCAGAUUCUCCUUCUUUGCGAAUAAUUUUCCUCGUACGAAGCAACGUCUACAAUAGCAGGUAAUUCUGCAUACCUUGCUCGUAAUAUAUUGUGUAACUCAGUGUUUCUAGCAACUGAUACUUUUCUAUCGAUAAAAGUUCUCGUAUUUGAAUAAUGACAAUAGUUGUCAGUACAAUUGUUUUCAUUGUAAAACUCACUAUCAAGGCUAUACAAAUCUAUGGUUAUAUCGAAACAGCCAUCCAGCUUCCAAUUUAAAUAAGACCUCAAAACAAAGCGAUCACCAUCAUUCAACCUUCCCAAACAGUUCUCUCUGGUGAAGUUACACGGCAUGAAAUCAGGCUCAUCCUCAUCAGGUGCAUCAUCCUCAUAAAACCGGGGAUCGAAUGAUUUAUGUUCAAUAUUUCGUAAAUCAAAAUAAUUAAGAGGCGCAUAAUCUAAGAUAGUCAUCCUGAUUAAUUCGACUGGAAUUCCGAUUAUCGUCGAAAGCUGUCAAGAUAAAAUAAAAUGUCAAGUUUAAUCUGAAGUAAAGUUGAAAUCAAAUAUGAGAAAAUGGCUUACCUGGUUAAUAACUUGCUGAUCUUUGUAUGGAAAUCUUUCAUCCGACCAAUCUAUUACUAUAUCAUGAUAUCCCUCAUCUGCAACCUUAACCUUUAUGGUAACUAAAUAAUUUAUCGAAAAGUUAUAAUAACAUCACUCAUUAUCACGAUUCACAAAAUAAAUAGACUCACCUUUAUCUGAGCUAUCAUCUUUUUCAAUAUUUUUCAGUGAAUUAUCCAUUGGCAGGAAUAAAAAUUAUUUUCUGUGCAAGAAAUGGUUUUGUAGUAUUCAAUAUGAAAAGACUUGACUUGCAAAAAUGAACUUGAAGCAAAGAAGAACACAAAAGACUCACAAAGAAAUGCUUUUCACAACUGAAACUUGAAUUCAAAACUUUGCCCUAAAAGACAAAAACCGGAACCAGAAACAACCUGCGUCCAGUUUAAACUAGCUCAGUGGGAACAAAAGAAGUCGAACCAAUAUUUAGUUGAAAAGAUUUCAUUUCAAGAGUCUUUUUUCAGUUAUAUUCAGUUGAAAAACUAAGUCUUAUAUUUUAUUAACUUUUCGAUAAAUUAUUUAGUUACCAUAAAGGUUAAGGUUGCAGAUGAGGGAUAUCAUGAUAUAGUAAUAGAUUGGUCGGAUGAAAGUUCUCCAUACAAAGAUCAACAAGUUAUUAACCAGGUUAGCUAUUUUCUCAUGUUUUAUUUCAAUUUUGCUUUAGAUUAAGCUUGAUUAUAUUUUGAAUAGCUUUCGACGAUAAUCGGAAUUCCAGUCGAAUUGAUCAGGCUGACUAAUUUAGUUUAUACGCCUAAUAAUCAUUUUGGUUUACAUAAUAUUGAACAUGAAUCAUUCGAUCCUCAGUUUUAUGAGAAUGAUGAGCCUGAUGAGAAUGCGCCUGAUUUAAUGCCGUGUAACUUCACCAGAGAGAACUGUUUAGGAAGGUUGAAUGAUGGUGAUCGUUUUGUCUUGCGUACUGCUUUGCAUUGGAAGCCGGAUGGCUGUUUCGAUCUAACCAUAUAUUUGUAUAGCCUUGAUAGUGAGUUUUACAAUGAAAACAAUUGUACUCAGUACUAUUGUCAUUAUUCAAAUACGAGAGCUUUUAUCGAUAGAAAAGUAUCAGUUGCUACAAACACUGAGUUACGAAUGAUAUUACGAGCAAAGUAUGCAGAAUUACCUCCUAUUGUAGACGCUGCUUCAGCCUUGGAAAAUCGCUCGCAAAGAAUGAGAAUAUUGAGAGAGUUGGACACCAAGAUGUUCUUUCGGGUUCUUGAGACGUAAUCAUCGACAUAAUUCUCCCUAUUCACGGACUCGAGGUUAACUUUUAUUGAUAUUUUAUCUUCAUGUGAAAAUGGACGAUUAUUCUUGGCUCCAGGAAACGAAGCAUGGUGCUCAUCAUCAAUGACAUGCUCGCCACAAUUCCAAUCUCUUAUUAAUAAACAAGCAGAUUGAAGUAACCAUUGAAAGUAAAAUAUAAAUUUAUAACAUGAAACACAUCACAUAAUUUUACCAAUUAAAUAUUGGUUUGACUACUUUGUUCCAUUCAAUGUCCCAUGAAAAUUAAUUUCUCGAUGAUAACAGAUUUUUAUGCAUAUUUUUCAAAUCAGUGUGAGUUUGAGUUAACAAUUUUGAAUCGACCAUACGGUAUUAGGCAGUUCAGCAGAAAGUGGACGACUUUAAUUGUUAAUUAUUGCGAAUUCAAUCGACUCUCAUUAUGAAAUCUAGCACAAUGUUACCUGAAUUAUUCAGAUUCACCAUGCAAUUAAUAAAUUGGAAUAAAACGCUUUGGUUGAGAGAUUUGAA